UGUCGUGAUUCAUUCUGAUCUAUAACAUGCAUUCAAACUGUUAUAUUUAAUUACAGUUUAAAUGAAAGUUAUUUUACGCACAACAGUUAAUUGCUGAAGACGUCUUCCUGAUACGGGAAACCUCUCUUUGGAAUUCUUUACUAUACUCCAUUCAUCAACAUUGCGCAGAAACUAUAUGCCACUUGUUUUGCCCGCUAUCAGUCUGCUCUAAAACGCGCCUAUAAUCUCUUUUUUUUUUUACGUCCUCCCUUCCUGGAUUGUGGAAAUAAAGUGGUGAAUUGAUUCGGAUCACAGUCGGAGUAAAGUUUGCGUUUUUUUUCAAGCAGGAGUCUGUCUGGUCUAGGCUGACUAUCCCUGAGGAGGUUAGUCUGGGACGGAGGUGCCAUGCCACAGGCUGCAGACAUGAUCAACAUGGCCUUCCUGACCGACUCGGAGCGGGAGCUGAUCCUGGAGGUGUUGCGGCGGGACGAGGAGCUGAGGCAGACCGAGGAGCAGCGUGUCCGCAAGCUAAAGACAGAGCUGCUGGACAUAAAGAGGAAGGGGGCCAAGCGCAGCAGUGGGAGGUACAGUGAGCGCAGCUGCGGUCGCUGCCAGGAACCACUGGGUCGACUGUCUGCCAGCUCCAGCCAAUGUAGGGCAUGUAAACACCAAGUGUGCCGCAACUGCCGCGCAGUGCGCCCCAAUGGAUCCUGGCUGUGCAGUGUGUGUGCCAAAGAGGCUGAUCUAAAGAAGUGCACUGGAGACUGGUUUUAUGACCAGCGAGUCAACCGCUUCUCCACCACCCCUGGACACGACAUAGUGAGAGCUUCCCUCAAAAAGAGGUCCCCAUUGAGGAAGAGGGAGACCAUGGGAGAGCAACUGUUGAAGAGUACAGAGUUGAAACCCGGCCAGCCGACCAUCCCUGUUCCCCGACCCAGACUGAUGGACCUAGCGGCCUCCAACAAGUACCCGCCAGACAAAGUUUCAGAAGAACCAGUGGCAGUUGAGAAGAAGCCACAGCACCAGCGCAGUGACACUAAAUCUGCAGAGAAAGCCAGCCUGAACACUGUCAGGACAGAGACGGAGCCCUCUCUUGGGACUCCUUUCUUACCAACGAAGAAGAAGAGCACAGGUCGGUCCAGUCCAGCAGGUUCCAGUGUGUCCAGUAUUCCAGUCAAAGUAGAAAGCACAGGUAGCCACAGCUCCAACUUAGACACGUCCUCCAUAGUGAAUCGUCGUAGUGUAAGUCCCUGCACAGGGUCUGUCUUAUUGGAAGACGACGGGCUUUUCAAGAAGAGCGUCAGACAAGGUCAGAAACCCUCUGAAUUCACAUCUGUGCUGGACCUGCGUAAGGAAGUAUCGGAGGGCUCUAUGGGUGACAGAAGCAAGUCUGUGCCUGGUCUCAAUGUGCCGGAUGACGAGGAGGAUGAUGAGGACAUUGAUAACUUGGUGAGCAUCCAUAGAAAGACAGUGGGCUCAAGUACCUCAAAUCUUCGCGGCUCCAAGAGUACACUGGGGAGUCUGAUGAGUAUUUACAGUGAGGCAGGAGAUUAUGACUGCGUGGAGGUGAGCGGGGACAUCGUGUUCUCUCUCAGCUACGAUGACACCACCCAUAGCCUGGCCGUCCUCGUCAAGGAGUGCCGCUCGCUGGCCCACGGGGACGCCACACGCCAGCGUUCCAACCCGUAUGUCAAGUGCUAUCUUCUCCCUGACAAGUCUCGCACGGGUAAAAAGAAAACCAGCAUCAAACGAAACACAGUGGACCCCACCUACAAUGAGACCCUAAAGUUCUCCAUCAGUCGCUCCCAGGUGCUCACUCGUUCCCUCCAGCUCUCUGUCUGGCACCAUGACCGCUUGGGCCGUAAUGCCUUCCUGGGAGAGGUAGAGGUACCUCUGGACUGCAGGGACCUUGACAGCCAACACGAGGAGUGUGUGGCGCUCAUGGGAAAAGCAUCACCACUGCAGUCCUCUGCCUUCUCUCAGUACAAAGGAGAACUGGUGAUUUCCCUGAAGUAUGUCUCGACUAAGAAACCACCCACCGAGAAGACUAAAGGCAAGACUCUUUCUCUAGGCAACAAGUCAAAGACGGAGGAGGGAGGGGAAUUGCACGUCUUGAUCAAAGAGGCCAAGAACCUGACGGCAAUGAAAGCAGGGGACACGUCGGAUUCCUUUGUGAAAGGAUACUUGUUGCCAUCGAAGUCCAAGUCCACUAAGAGGAAGACUCCGGUGGUGAAGAAGACUCUGAACCCUCACUACGACCACACAUUUGUGUACAAAGACCUGACCCUGGACCAGCUGAGUAAGAUGUGUCUGGAGCUGACUGUGUGGGACCGGGAGGCCAUCUCCAGUAAUGACUUCCUGGGUGGGGUUCGACUCGGCACAGCCACACUGAAGGUUGGCAAGGAGGAAGUGGAGGCGGACUCAACAGGGGAGGAGGUGUCUCUGUGGCAGAAGAUGAUGCAAUACCCUGACUCGUGGGCAGAGGGCUCUCUUCCAUUACGCUCCUCUAUGGGCAAGAACAAGAGCAAGUGAGGACUCCACCUCAUAACCUGAGAGAAGAGCAAUUGACAAAGGGCAAUCCCUCAACUUUUUAUCACCAUUAUUAUCUGUAACCAAAAGACUAUCACAGCUGUGUCUAACUGCAAGCACCAAAAAAAAAAGUGCUUUUGAAAGCAUAUAUAGUAAAUUCAUCUGAGGUCUUCAGGUAUUUGCUAGCAGAAAUAUGAAAUGAUACGUUUGAAUGCAAGGUUGUGUGUUUAAUCAUGCAAAUGCUUUUUAAAAUCAUAAACCGCACUAACCAAAGAGUUGCUCAAAUUCAACAACUCAUGUUUAAUUGACAUUUGUUUCACAUAUUUCUUCAAGCUAAAUUCCAUCCAUGAUCAGAAAACCAUUUAAUUAUUAACUAUGGUGCUUCAUGGGGGUUGCCAGGUUUUCAGUUUCAGGCUGAAUCUCUGUUGCACUCGAAGGCACUGAAAAAUGGUGUCCAUUUUUGGUCCAUAUCAUAUUUUGUGUGGUGCUUCAUGGCAAUCAAAUGAAAACUACUGUACCUGUGAUAGGGAUGUCAAGCAUGUGGUACAUUGAAAUAUGUAUGUAAAUAUGAUCAGUUGCACUAAAAGUGACCCAUUUUUAUUUCUCAACCUCUAUCCUCUUAUUUAUAGUCUUGAAAGUAAAUGUCAUUAUCUUUCAUACUGUAACUUGAGUCAAGUUUGCUUCUACUAUGGCUCACAGGCACCUAAAAUGGGGAGGACAGGAUCGUGGUAAUGACUGGAGCGAAAUAAGUGGAAUGGUAUCAAAUACAUCAAACGCAUGGUUUGAUGCCAUUCCACUCUCUCCGUUCUAGCCGUUAUUAUGAGCCAUCCUCCCCUCAGCAGCCUCCACUGCUAUGACUGUAUCAAAUAUUUUAUUCAUUCACCUAAUAAAUAUGUGAAAUGCCUAAA